AUGUCAUAUAAUGGAAUAGGAUUACAAUCAGUUAAAGGAUCAUCGACUUCUGGUCAUGUUCAAAAAAAUCUAUCUUCUACUUCAUCAAGAGUAUCAAAACCUGGAUUUCAUGAAUCAAGAAAAUUAAAAAUUAAUCAAGAUAAAUUAUCUAAUGAUUUAAAUAAUAUAAAUAAUGAAUUAAAGCAAAAUAAUGAAAUUAAAAAAGAAUUAAUUAAUCAUGAAUCACUUCGAAAAAUUGAAGUUAAAUGUAUGGAUUUAAGAGAAAAAUUGGAAGAUGAAGAUGUUUUAAAUGAUGAUGAAAUUGAUUUCAAAGUUGAUGAACUACGAAAAAAAUUAAUUAAAGAAAAUGAAGAUGUAAAUGAUAAUAAAGAGAAAAAGACAUAUGAAUAUAAACGUCUAUAUAAUGAAAAGGAAAAAUCUCGAAGAACCUAA